UCUUUGAACUUGUUGAACACCUUUGCGGACCCUAAAUACAAAGAAGCCCUAGCAAAGGCCAUACUAUUCUUUCAAGGCCAAAGGUCUGGUGCCCUGCCAACCGGACAACUAAUGACAUGGAGGUUCAACUCUGGGCUCAAAGAUGGUUCAAUGAGUCACUUAGAUUUAUCGGGAGGCUAUUACGAUGCGGGCGACAACGUAAAGUUUGGCUUGCCAAUGGCAUUCACCAUCACCAUGUUGUCAUGGGCCGCGAUAGAGUACGAAAGGGAAUUAGGCUCCGAAUUGCAACAUACUCAAGAUGCCAUAAAAUGGGGCACGGACUACCUCCUAAAAUGUGCAACCACGACCCCCGGCAAGCUCUAUGUCCAAGUGGGCGAUCCUAAUAAGGACCACAGCUGCUGGCAACGGCCCGAGGACAUGAGCCCGGACCGCCCCGUAUACUCCGUCUCGACAGCGAACCCGGGCUCCGACGUCGCCGGUGAGACUGCCGCUGCAUUGGCCGCCGCUUCAAUCGUGUUCCGGCGGGUUAACGCUGGCUACUCAGCUAAGCUCUUGAGAACUGCCAGGGAUUUGAUGAGCUUUGCAAUGAAGUAUAGGGGUGCUUACAGCAACUCCCUUGCAUCCGUUGUCUGCCCAUUCUACUGCUCUUAUUCUGGAUAUAUGGAUGAGCUAUUGUGGGGAAAUGCAUGGCUAUAUACUGCAACAAACGAUCCUUAUUAUCUUAAUAGUAUAAAGUCAUUAGGAGCCAACGAUGCAACGAACAUUUUUAGUUGGGACAACAAAUUUGCUGGUGCCCGUGUUCUCUUAUCAAAGCAAGCUCUACUGGGUAAUGCAAGCACCUUCCAACCAUUUAUACGGCAAGCUGAAGAUUUCAUGUGUCAAAUUCUACCUCAGUCUCCUUAUUCGAGCACACGAUACACGAGAGGAGGGCUAAUGUACAAGAUUGAUGGAAGCAAUACACAAUAUGUAAUGGCAAUUUCAUUCUUGCUCACCACCUAUGCCAAGUACAUGACUGCAACAAAGCAUACUUUCAAGUGUGGCUCCAAUUAUUUGGCCACCUCAACUAAGCUAGAAACCCUAGCUAAGCAACAGGUGGACUAUAUACUAGGGGCAAAUCCUAGGAAAAUGUCGUACAUGGUGGGCCACUAUGGAUUCGGAACACGGUAUCCGCAGAGAAUUCAUCACAGAGCAGCAUCCUCGCCUUCAAAGAAAACUCUUCCAACCACCAUCGGUUGCCAAGAGGGUUUUAAAUAUUUUUAUGCGCAAACCGCCAACCCUUACACCUUAAUCGGAGCCAUCGCCGGCGGCCCGGACAACAGCGACAACUUCGCGGACGAUCGACCCAAUUACGGGCAGUCGGAGCCCACCACCUAUAUCAAUGCCGCCGCAGUCGGACCCUUGGCAUAUAUCAGUGCAAAAUAUUCUUACUAA